ACACGUGAUGAGACAUCACACAAACGCGGCAAGCGAUUUCUGGAAAACGGGAACGGAAUCGAUAAACGACGAGAUUACAAUUCCCCGGGGAACUCUCGUGCAACGUUAGCAUUACGUCACUACCCACGCCUGCAUGCCUCACCCAGACACAUCAUUCAAUCCCGUGACUACGAGAUACAACCGAACAUCACGUUGAAAAAUCAGGUAAAACAGAUCGCGGGACCUCCUACAACAUCUCUUCGGGACCACCUGUACCUGUCCCCCGAAGCACUGCGGAUAUUCUACGAUAGCACCAGAGAAAAGGGAGGGCAGUGAUAGCGGAGCAGUCAUGCAUCCUAUGGAUCAAGAGGAUUUGUCAGCGCUGUUGAACUCCUUUGGGAGAAGCCCCUCGUGGGAGAAGAUCGCAGAGACCUCCUCGGGGCUCCAGGAAGACUUCACCGACUUCACCUUCUGGCGGGAUCCCCUCCCCCUCCUGUCCGAGGACGACUUCAACACCGUGGAUCCGGCUCCCGAGUUCAACGACUUCAACUACUGGCGAGAACCAAUACCUGACCUCGAUAUCAGUCUGGACAUACUAGAACUUUGAACAUGACGUGGAUUUUUGCAGUCUCAUUAUUGGCAAGGUCGUGCAUUUUAAGACCUGUGUACCUUGUAUAUUGAUAUAAUCCAAUCUGUCAUUCAUCAUCGAAUGAGAGUACACUUACUCUCCAAACAGAUGUCCGGCACUGGCUGAUGUUUUUUACAUGUUUAGGUCAUUUUAUCGGACUUUCGAUUUUGUUGACGGAAAUCAGUACAAAUAUAGAAACCCGAAAAAAAACGCCUAAAACAUUUCAAAAACAGUCGGAGCCGCACCUCUGCUUGGCCGGAGUAAAUGACUUUAUGUUACAUGGUGUUGUACCACUUCUAGAUGUGUUUUGUUCAUUAUCAUCCAUAUUGACUUCCUAAUAUGGGAAUGUUUCUAAAAUUCUAAAGUAUGUUCCUACCGUCAACCAUGUUAGUACCUGGACACGUAACUGCGAUGCCUUGAUGCCAAUGUUUUUCAAGUUUGCGAACUAGAAUGUCUCAUCGACACCAGAGUUGGUAUCAAUAGACAGGCGACUUCCUCAUUCACCAUGUCAAACAACAUGUGCAGUGUGAUAAAAUGACAUUUUACAAUCUGACAUUGCCUCGGUGCUAUUUUGAAGACAGAAACUAGGUUAGACUGUUUUAGUCAGUAUUGUGAUGUCAUUGGACAUGUCUGACAGCCACAGUAACUGUAUUUCAUGCAAUUUUGCGUCUUGUAUUGGAAGCCUAACGUUGAAAGGUACGCUUAUGUUGAACCAAUCUCCUAUU